AUGGGAAACUUACUACUUUUUGUUAUUCCUCUGGCUCUAGCUAUAGCCGUUGUUCAAUUUAUUCAGUUAAUAAAAUCGAACAGAAAGUAUGAUUCAGGUCAACUACCACCUGGACCUCCAGGUCGUGAUCAUGCGAAUCUCUUAGACAAUGAUCGCUGGAACAUGUUCAAAUCAUGGAACGAACAAUAUGGCAAUGUAGUAACCUUCUAUACUGGACAACAGCUCAACAUCGUGCUCGGAACCAUGGAAGCCGCUGUAGACAUUCUCGAGAAAGCGGGUGAAACAUUCUCCAGCCGUCCACACUUUAUAAUGGGAGAAUUUCUCUUCUCAAGACUGCGUGGCUUCUCAAUGACCUACGGGCCCAAAUGGCGAAACUGGCGAACACUACAAAACUCGCACUUCAGUCCCCAGGUAGCACCCAAAGUCAAACCUAUGCAAAUCAAUGAAUCCGCAAUCUUGAUGCAUGAUUACUUGACGAAUGAAGACUCCUCUAAGCAACACAAAAUUCUCCGAAGAUACACAGCAUCUUUGAUGUUUUAUAUGGGAUAUGGGCGUCGCGUUACAUCUCUUGACGACCCUCUUUGCGUAGCACAUGAUCAGGAAGAAGAAUACAUUGAAAGUACAAAAGUACCUGGUCGAUUUCCCCUUGAAAGCUGGCCCAUAUUGCUAUGGCUCCCACGUCCUUUGCAAUGGUUCCGACAUGAGCCUGAGAAGCAUCGAGAUACCAAUACAAGAUUAUACACAACAGCUAUGAAUGAGGUGAAAAGAAAGAUGCAAGAUGGCACCGCGGUCCCAUGUACAUCCACUUAUGGUAUUACAAAACAAAAGGAGUUAGACAUGAAUGAUGACGUCGAGCUAGCAUAUGCUCUUUCUGCACCAUGGGCCGCAGGUAUCGGCACGACUACCACCGCAUUCGAAAUAGCAAUUCUGGCCAUGUUACAUUACCCAGAAUGUCUCCAAAAGGCAAAGGCCGAAAUAGAUGCAGUUGUUGGAAAGGAUCGCAUGCCAACUUUUGAAGAUCAGCAAUCACUACCCUACUUGGGCGCUUUUAUUAGGGAAACAUUGAGAUGGCGACUCGUAACACCAACAGGCAUUGCUCACUCUUCAACUCAGGACUAUACCUAUAAGGGCAUGUUAAUUCCGAAAGACGCCUCUGUUUAUGCCAACGCCGCCGAAAUCAUGAAAGACCCAGCGGUAUUCCCCGAAGGCGAGAAAUUCAUACCGGAAAGAUUCUUGGAGACAAAUGACCCCAGGCUCCUCAACUACCGUUUUGGUUGUUUUGGCUUCGGUCGAAGAAUGUGUCCCGGUAUGCACGUCGCACUUCAAUCAAUGUAUAUCGUUAUUGCGCGAUUGAUCUGGGCAUACGACGUUCUUCCCAUUACCAUUAAUGGCAAACCAUACAUCCCAGACGAGAACGACUUCACUUACGGGCUAGUCAGCUACCCAGCCAAUUUGAAGUUCCAACUCGUACCCCGUAGCGAGAGACAUAGAGAGAUCAUUAUUGCUGACGCGGAACGCGCCAAUGCUGAUAUGGCACAUUUGGAAGGUUCCAGCGCAUCGUACAACAUCUAA